AUCGCCGGUGCGCUGUGUCCCUCGGACACAGCGGAUCACGGAAAGAGCCGAAGAUGUCGGCUCGGUCAUGUGAUCAGCUGUGUCCAAUCACAGCUGAUCACAUGGGACAUGUACACUGAUCAUCAGGGCACUGAUGAUCAGUGUGCCCUGAUGAUCAGUGUGGCCCCAGAAGUGCCACUUGUCAGUGUCCAUCAGUGCCAGGAGUCAGUGCUCAUCAGUGCCAGUGCCCAUCAGUGCCACAUCAAUGCCACAUAUCAGUGUCUACCAGUGCACAUCAAUGCCACAUAUCAGUGCCCAUCUGAGCUGCCUUUCAAUGUCACCCAUCAGUGCCAGUCAGUGCCACCUAUCAAUGCCAAUCAGUACCACCUAUCAGUGCUGCCAAUCAGUGCCAUCUAUCAGUGCCAGUCAGUGUUGCAUAUCAGUGCCGCCUAUCAGUGCCAGUCAGUGCCGCCUAACAGUGCC